AUGCAUCCUUUGGCCGUUGCAGUCGUCCUGGCGCUGGCCGCUGCCUCCGCCCGCGCCGCCGGCGUGGUCCCCGUGGGCUUCGCCGCCCCCGUGCCCGUCAUCGCCCGCCCCGGCUCCGGCUACACCGGCCCUGCAGGCCCAGCAGGCCCUGCAGGGGGCUACGGCGGCACCGUCGGCUACGGAGGCCCCGUUGGGUACGGCGGCCCCCAGGGAUAUGGCGGUCCUCAGGGGUACGGCGGCCCUCCAGGAUACGGAGGCCCGUCAGGGUUCGGCGGCCCCUCAGGGUUCGGUGGGCAGCCGGGGUAUGGCGGUCCCUCAGGCUUCGGCGGCCCUGGCGGUAGCUUUGGAGCCCAGGGUUUCGGCGGCCCGGGUUACGGCGGCCCGGGCUACGGCGGCCCGGGCUACGGCGGUGGCUACGCGCCCGCUGGCUACGGCGGCUACCAGCAGCAGCAGCACGGCGGAGCAGUCGUCCCCGUGGGCGUGGCGGCGCCGAUCCCCGUCGCCGCAGUCAACGGGCCGUACUCGCCGUACUCAGGUACUCGAUGA